AGUCAAAAUCGUUGUUAUUCCUUAUGUUGUGCUUGUGAUAAUCGCAUCAUAGAAAUAGAGUCGACAAGAAGUGAAGGGGAUCAUUAUUGGGUACUAAUAGAGGUAUCACCGGGGUACAAUACGGCGUUGCGGUAGGGUGCCGGUUAGUUUGGUGCUCAUUUGAUUGGAUUUUAUAUGGAUUAAGGAUGUAUUUUUUGAAUAUCGGCAUUGCGAUCGUAUACCUACUACAGAUCUGCUCUGCCUUGAGAUUCUCCAGGAGACCUUUACCUACUAGCUACCUCCUGUCCAAUCAAGAUCUUUCAUUGAACUAUGAAGACACCCUCAACUUCAAUUUCCCCACUUACUCUUUUCCUGACCAUAAUUCGAUAGAGAAACCAGUUGAAGAGCCUCAAGAGUAUGUGCCACCUCAAUCAAUGGGAUCUGCCACCAUUCCCUUGAUACCGCCACCAGCUAUCCCCGUCAAUGCUGCAGCUUCAAAUGUUCCCAGCUCUAACGGAGCUGUCUACCUUGGAUCUGGAUCGAUUGGAGUGGUACAGCUGAGCAACGGUGCUUAUGCCCUAGGUUCAGGAUCACUAGGAUACUCUGAUGGCAGAAGUCAACCCAGGCCUUCAUCUAAAUUUCCGGUCUAUCCUCCACUGCCAGCCAGCCCCAACUUGAUCCCAGCAGCAGUUCCAAGUCAACCACAACCUGCUCCACCGUCUCCUCCCCAUUCAAGGACUCAGAGAUUUGAGUACACCUUUCCAGUAAUGCACAAUCACCUUCGGGAUCCUAACACUUACGAAGUUCUUCGACCUGAAACUGUGUCGUUCGGCACGGCACCUAGGAGACCCCCAAGACCGCCAAGGAUGCAUUUUGCCACCCCCACAUAUCCUGUACAAGCACAAAAUACUCAGUACACCCUAACAAUUCCUCCAGGAAUACCAGAUUCUGAUCCCAAUCAACAAUAUGUCCUAGCCCAUUAAGUCCCAAGUGUUCCUUUCCAAAGGCGUAAUGCAUAGGACUUGUAAAAUCGUCAAAUCACUGUGCUAUCAUAACAUAAUCCAAACAUGAAACAUUUAGGUCCGGUUGUACAUUUCAAACCAUAGCCGAGUUCAACAUUGAACCUAGUUGAACCUGACAAAACUGUACGGAAUUGUCGAAGUUGAGCUGAUUGGUUCGAACUUAAGCUCACCUUGAACUUGAACUGUACAACUGGACCUUAGUUUAGUGACGUUUCAAUAAUAAGUAAAAGUCAAAUAUAAUGAGUGAAACGUUAUCACGAUUUUUUGA